AUGGCUACAACAACCGACGUCUCCCCUCUUUGCGACUCUUUCAAUACACAAGCCUCGACCUAUGAGCGACGACUUGGGGGUAGUACUCGUAGAGUCAUUGAAUACGCUAUUUCUCUUCUAUCUGACUUACCUGAAAACCCAAAGAUACUCGACAGUGCCUGUGGACCAGGUAUGGUGACAGAAGCCAUUUUAAAGGCAUAUCCCGAUGCCCAAGUUCACGCCGCAGAUGUUGCACCAGGCAUGAUAGCUUUGCUUGAUAAUCUUAUCAAUAAGAAUGGCUGGCAGGAUCGAGUUAAGACGGGUGUUAUGGACGGUGUGAGUUUAAGCUACGCCAAUGAGAUCUUUGAUUUUUCUAUAACAAAUUUCGGGAUUUUCUUCUACUCUGAUCCCAUUAUUGGUGCAAAAGAGCUGCAUCGCACUUUGAAACCCGGUGGAAAGGCGGUUGUUACAUGUUGGAAGGAAGUACCAUUUUAUCCAAUUCUUCACGCAGUCCAGGCGAUAAUCAGACCCGGUACCGAGCCUGUCGCCAUGUCCACACUCGAUCGCUGGACUCAAAGAGAAACGAUGGAAUUGACGCUAAAGUCCGGAGAAUUCCACGACGUGGAAAUCUACGAGAAGGAGGUUAUGUGGUGGAACGAAGGUGUUCACGAGGCGGCUAAAGGAUUUACGGAUAAUUUCAUGAACAUGGUAGGGGAUCAGUGGCCAGAGGAAGAAAAGAAUCAGCUCCUUGGGGCCACAGAACUUCUUCUGAAAGAGAAUAAGAACGGUUUUAUAGUGAGGUCUGGCGAUAAGAUUGGCUUUCGCAUGGUUGCUUGGAUAGCCAUUGCAACCAAAACUGUGUUGUAA